UUGGGAAGUGGAGUCUCAAACCCAAAGUGGAUGAAGGAUGGCUGAUUAUGUAUGCAUAGGAGACCGAAAAAGGAAAGUCAUGCUAAGCAGUAGGAAGAAAGCAUAAAUAACCCAAAAGAGUUUCUUUGUUGGCACCUGAAAUAUGAAUUUAUUUAAGCAAAAUGGGCCUCGUUGAAUUGACCAUUUUCUUCUGCAAUGCCUGCGGUGUCUAUAUCUGAAUUACCAAGUCGGUUCUCCUGGUCAAGCGACUCGUCUCUCUCUACGGAAAAUGACUCUUUAGAUUUUGGUAGUUUGACCUUUAGUGAAUUUGAAUCUUCCUUCCAUAGAAUCCUAGGACAUACCUUGAACCAAUCUGUUAAAUCGUCAACUUCCACACCUUCGUGCGAUUUAAGUGUUUCCCCGAACGAGUUGAGUGAGCGACUUAGCUUUGAUUCUAGUAGCACUGUUACAAAGUUAAAUGUCGAAAGUCCAGGUCAAUUGAGUGAUUGCUCAUCAUCAUGUCGAAAAGGUUCUUUAUUGAAACACGCUGAUACUCGUAGAGCCAACUCAAAUUCUACAAAGAGUAUUAAACAGAGAAAGAAAGAACAUGGGCUCAAACUUCUACCGUCAAAGUCACUUUCCAUAAACUCGAAUGUUUCGCUCCUCUGGUUUCAUCCAAGAGUGCAGUUUUUUCUUCAACAUUUCGCUGCCCUUGGUCGUCCUUCUUCCGCUUCAUAUCCUUCUUCUUCUUCCUCGGUAAACCAAACAUGGAAUUCUUGUACCAUUUGUUAAAUCAAGCAGCCUGCGAUUCUUCGCCAGGUCUGUUUGGAUUCUCAGUUUCCCCGAAUAACCUUAGAUUCGUUCAUUCCCAUUUCCACUACAUAUUUUCUCUUUUAUGUUUUCUUAUCACUUCCUUUCGCAUAGACUUAGAUUUCUUUUUAUGUUUCGCCUCAGUCUCACUUUCUUCUCCUUAUGACCUUUGCAUGUAUAUAGUAAAAUUGAUAUAUCUCUGUUAAUUAAAAAUCUGCAUUAAAAGUAUAUCUAGUGAGGAA